AUGGAUCGUUUUCUAAGACCUGAAAGAUUGGUGGUGGAUCCUAAUGAUCCGGACUCUCAAAGGAUCUGGAAGCACUGGCUUCACACAUUUGAAAAAUUCGCAUUAAAACUAGCUGUGCCAGAAGGUGAGAAGUUCGAUCUACUAUGUAACUUUAUCUCACAUGCUGUGUACGAAUUGAUAUCUGAAUGUACUGACUUUGAAUCUGCUGUAAACACACUAAACGGACUCUAUGUCAAACAAACCAAUGAGGUUUAUGCUCGCUAUCUCCUAUCCAACUGUAAACAGGAAACAGGACAGAGUGUUGUCAGAUAUAUUCAAAGAUUGAGAUUGCUAGCUAAAGACUGCCAUUUCAGAGCCGUCUCUGCCCUCGAAAACCAGAACGAGGCCAUCAGAGACGCAUUCGUUAGUGGCAUGUCAUCACCAGAGAUUAGGCAGAGACUUUUAGAGUACUCAUCUCUGGACCUCGCAAAGUCACUGGAGGUAGCUAGAUCUCUUGAGAUGGCACAGAAACAUUCUGUGACAUAUAACUCGCAACAAGCCACUACUUUUCAAACACCACAAGCACAACAAUCCACUACGUCGGAAUUGCCGCUUUGCUCUGCUGUAGAGGACACGAUUGAUUCGACACCCGUUACCAUAGCUGCAGCUCAAGACAAGUGCUACUUUUGUGGAGGUGCUAUCCACUCUCGUAGCUAA